AUGAAUUAAAUUAAAUAAUAAUAAUAACACUUUUUGAAUAUUUUAAGAUAGUAUUAGGAAAGAUUAGUUGAAUUGACAAAUAAAAAUGAAAGCAAAACUCAUAUGAUUAUAGAAUUACUAAAUAAAGAGGAAUAAUUGUAAUAACAAAUUAAGUAAAUGCAGAUGACAAUAGAUCAUCUCACUGAAGAAAACAAUCAAUUAAAAGCAGAUAUGUUACCUUAUGGCUCAAUUAGCGAAGUUAAAUAAUUAGUUGAAUAAUUUAAAUAAAUACAUGCUGAAUUGUCUUAGUGA